UAGUCCUAAGCAAUGAAAAUCAGCAAUAAGCUUGUCUGUGGAGUGCAUAUAUAAAGGCUUCCUGAGGCACAAGACACAACACAUGUUUACAACUUCAACCCCUGUUGCUCCUUUCACUCCAAACAGAAUGGGAUCCUCAAAGUUGGCCGUGGUGUUGGUGUUGUUGGCCUGUGUGGAACGUAGUCUGUCUGCCUCCUGUGUCGUCGACAGCUUCAGUGUUAAAGAGGACUUUGACCCAAAGAGGUAUGCAGGAAAAUGGUAUGCACUGCAGAAGAAGGAUCCUGAAGGCCUGUUUCUGCAGGACAACAUCUCAGCUGAAUACACCAUUGAUGACGACGGCAGCAUGACCGCCUCCUCCAAAGGACGUGUCACUCUCUUUGGUUUCUGGGUGGUGUGCGCUGACAUGGCAGCCCAGUACUCUGUUCCUGACCCUGCUGUCCCUGGAAAAAUGUUCAUGAACUACCAAGGACUGGCCAGCUACCUAUCUAGUGGAGGUGACAACUACUGGGUGAUUGACACCGACUACGACAACUACGCCAUCACUUACGCUUGCCGCACCCUGAAGGAAGAUGGCACUUGCGAUGACGGCUAUGCCCUAGUCUUCUCCAGGAACCCCCGUGGCCUCCCUCCUGCAAUCCAGUUCAUCGUGCGUCAGAAGCAGGAAGAAAUCUGCAUGGCUGGACAGUUCAAACCUGUCCUUCAGUCUGGAGCCUGUUAGAGACAAACAGCAAUAUGUGCAGCUGUGAAAGCCUGUGAUGACAGUGGGUUAUCAGCAGGAGCAAGAAUGAGAGAGUGAAUGUGGCUGAAAAAAGUGUGAAUGUUUUAUAUGUGAGUGAUACUGUAAAGUGCAUAAAAGGCAAAGAUUCAGACCAAUGAGAGGAGGAAAGGAAUGGAUGAUUUUCCUUUUCUAUCAAUCAUACAUAAAUCAGAAAAAGAGAAGAAUUCAACUAUUGUGACAUUGUAAAUGCAAAAAAUUAAAAAAAAUAUUUUUCUAAACAAA